AUGAACACCGUCAAGAAGGUCCUCUCCGGCUCGUCGUCGCGCUCGAGCUCCGACAACAGCCUCGACGAGCGCCGCCACAGCAACUCGACUGCGGCCACCUCCCAGCACGGUUCGCCCAAGGACAAGAGGUCGACCAUGGAGAAGAUCGAGGACAAGCUCGAGGGCAACAAGACCCACCACCACGGCACCACCGCCGCCGCCGGCACCACGGCCGCUGCUGGCACCGCCGCCGCCGCCGGCACCCACCGCGACCACACCUCGUCCACGACCAGCCCCGUCGUGCCCGGCGUCGGCCGUAGCGCCGACGUGCACACCAAGGAUGGCAUGAUGCGCCACACGCACGGCCACGAGUUCAAGAACGAGCACCUCGACCUGAGCCGCGGCGACGUCGACCAGGACGUGCAGCACCUGGCGCACGUCACCAAGGAGCGCCACCAGCGCCACGAGGUCGAGGAGGUGGAGCGCGAGAAGGAGCACCACAAGCACGUCCACCACAUCCAGCACCACACGCAGCCGGUCUACGACUCGGAGCACGCGGCCGAGCAGGUCCACCAGAAGGUGGUGCCGCGCACCCACAUUGCCGAGACGCACGCCUCGACCGACAAGGACGCCGCGCUGCUCACGUCGGUGGCGGGCAAGCACAAGGACGAGUACCGCGACCUGGGCACCGACCGCACCGUCGUCGACAAGGGCGAGCGCGUCAAGGAGCAGAUCCACCACCACAUCCACAACGUCGUCCAGCCCAUUGUCGAGAAGGACAGCCACGAGUACCACCGCAUCAAGACCGUCAUCCCCUCGACGGUCGUCACCCACGAGGCUCCCAUCGUCCACGAGAGCACCGCCCACAAGCCCAUCAGCAAGGCCGACUUCCUCGCCGGCGGCGGCAAGCUCGGCGCCACCACCACCUCGGUCCACGACGCCGGCCUGCUCAACACGGGCAAGUGCGAGCGCACCGUCACGGGCGUCGCCGAGCAGCUCGAGAAGGAGCUCGGCCUCGGCCGCAGCUCGCCCCGCCCCCAGGCCGUCUAA